AUGGCCGCGACGUUCGACACCGGGCUGGAGGCCGCACGGCAAGACUUCCCCGAAGUCUCCCAGCAGGCGCCACCACAAGGCUACGACUACGGCCAGCAUCACCAGCAACAACAGCAGCUCUAUUACCAGCAGCAACAGCAACAUCAACAAUACCAACACCUUGCCUCGCACCCGUCGCAGACCCACCUGCACCCGCAACAACAACAGGCAUACUACUACGAUCCUCCAACAGCGACAGCCGCUGCAGCAGCCAUCGCGGCUAAAGUCGAAUCACCGCCUCCCCCAUCGAGUUACGGCAGCCGGACGGCCUCUUCGCCUUUUAGCGCGCCGUCGCAUCCGGGAGUGGGUUCGGUAAGAGGAGUAGGGAUCGGAGGCGCAGGAGCAGGAGGGGGCGGAGCAGCAGCGGCGGCGGAUCGGAAUGGAUUGUCAUCUAGCGGGGGGAAGACAAUCCUAGGGUGCAGCCUCCUAGUUUUCAUCCUAUCGUGCAUCAUCGGCCUACUCUCGGCGGGCGUGAUCGGGCUGGCGGCGGCCACGGGGAUUGAGUCCCAGCGGGCGAGUACCGCGUCGUCCAGUCUGGCGUCGCUGAGUGCGUCGCUUGCGUCUGCGACGGCGGCGUCGGAUGGGUCUUCGCCGACGGGCACCUCUGUGCCGGUGUUGGAUGACGGGUUCCUGGGCGCUGUCAAAUUCACCCGUUACUGCAACAGAGACGCGCCAAACCCGGCGCUCCUUUCCCUCUUCACCGCCGACUUCGAUACCUGCAUGGACGCCUGCAGCGCCUACAACCAAUACCUCCCACCGACGCUCAACGCCAUCGGCGUGCCCAACAACGUCGCCAACGCCGACAACGCGACUUGCGAGGGCGUCAGCUUCAUCCCCGCGUGGACGAGCAAAGUGACGGCCGAAGCAGGUAAAGCGCGCGGGAACUGCUACCUGAAGCCCGGGCCGCAGAAUAGGACGGGGCUGGUUGUGCCGAACAUUGGGGUCGAUUGUCAUGCGGCGAUUUUGACGUUGGGGGUGUGA